AUGGUACCACCCCCAGCUGAAUUUCGCAGAAAACUAGUCAUUGUAGGUGACGGUGCAUGCGGCAAAACUUGUCUUUUGAUUGUGUUUUCUAAAGGCACUUUCCCUGAGGUAUACGUCCCAACUGUUUUCGAAAAUUACGUGGCCGAUGUGGAAGUCGAUGGUAGAAAGGUUGAGUUGGCACUUUGGGAUACUGCCGGACAGGAAGAUUACGAUAGGUUAAGGCCAUUGUCUUACCCUGACUCAAACGUCAUUUUGAUCUGCUUUUCUAUCGAUUCCCCAGAUUCCUUGGACAACGUUUUGGAGAAGUGGAUUUCGGAAGUCUUGCACUUCUGCCAAGGUGUGCCUAUCAUUUUAGUCGGCUGUAAGGUCGAUUUGAGAAAUGACCCCGUCACUAUUAAGCAGUUGUCUCAGGAGAACCAGCAACCCGUGUCUACAUCAGAAGGUCAAGCUGUAGCCCAGAAGAUUGGUACUCAGUACUACUUGGAAUGUUCCGCUAGAACAGGCGACGGUGUGAGAGAAGUUUUUGAGACUGCGACAAGAGCCUCCUUACUGACCAGGGAAAAGAAAGAGAAGAAGAAGAAGUGUGUUGUGUUGUAA